CAACCACGACUCGCUGGAUCUGGGAGCAGGGUAUCUAUAGGAGGUAGAUGGCAGAUACCUACAUGUUACCUACAUGACACCUAGUCACAUGCACGCUUGGUCUCGGCUUACUACAGGCACUGGUGGGGCAGCAGCAGCAGCAGCAUUGAGAUCAUCCCACUUCGUGCACCCACCACCAUACAGGUACAACCCGAUCUUUACUACCUUCCCAUUCCGUACAUCGCCGCGGAGCUAUACCUCAAACACCACCUUACAGACGGAGAGCGCGCCAACAAUACGAGGACGGGGUUCACUCCACACUGCUAGAGCUGCUAGAAAUACAACUGCUCUGCUUCCUGCGGUCAUUCGAAACUGCUCCAGUCACGCCUCCAGUGCCCUCGUCAGAAUGGCCUCCGAUCGAGAUGUUCUUUCGGACGAUGUGAAGCCAUCCAACUACGCAAUAUCGCUGAAUAAUCUGAGCGCUGGCGAGCCAUGGACAUAUCAAGGCAAGGUCGACAUCGAGCUAGAGGUCAAGAAGCCCACCAAGUCCAUCACAUUGAACACGUUCGAGCUCAAAGUACACUCUGCGGAGUUUGUGUCCGAUUCCGGAAAGCAUUCAUCUGCGGUCAAGGCGUCCAACAUCUCUUACGACAAUAAGAACCAGAGAUGUACUUUCACAUUCGAUCAAGAGCUGCCGCAAUCGCCAAAGUCGGUGCUUUCCAUUGCGUUUGAGGGCAUUAUGAACAACCACAUGGCAGGCUUCUACAGGUCAAAGUAUAAGCCUGCUGUAGAAGCAGCCAAGGGUGUGGCUCGAGAUGCCGAGAACCAUUACAUGUUCAGCACCCAGUUUGAGUCGAGCGACGCUCGUCGCGCAUUUCCUUGCUUCGAUGAGCCGAAUCUCAAAGCCACGUUCGACUUCGAGAUCGAGAUCCCGGAGGACCUGGUGGCGUUAUCAAAUAUGCAAGAGAAAGCAACCAAGAAGAGCAAGGAUGGGUACAAAAUUGUCAGCUUUGACAGAACGCCAGUCAUGUCAACGUAUCUUUUGGCAUGGGCCUUUGGCGAUUUCGAAUACGUCGAAGACUUCACCCGGCGGAAGUACAACGGAAAGAGCCUACCCGUGAGGGUUUAUACCACCAAGGGCUUGAAGCAACAAGGUCAACUGGCUCUGGAGAGCGCACACCAGAUUGUCGACUACUUUUCAGAGAUCUUUGAUAUCGAUUAUCCUCUACCCAAGGUCGAUUUGCUUGCGGUCCAUGAAUUCUCACACGGGGCCAUGGAGAACUGGGGCCUCAUUACAUACCGAACGACUGCCGUCCUAUUCGACGAGUACGCAUCGGACCAGAAGUACCGCAACCGAGUCGUCUACGUUGUUGCCCACGAGCUUGCUCACCAAUGGUUCGGCAACCUCGUCACUAUGGAUUGGUGGAACGAGUUGUGGCUCAACGAGGGCUUCGCCACCUGGGUUGGUUGGUACGCAGUUGAUCACCUGCAUCCCGACUGGGAUGUUUGGGGCCAGUUCGUUACGGACAGCAUGCAGAUGGCUUUCCAGCUCGACAGUCUCAGGACGAGUCAUCCUAUCGAAGUUCCUGUCAGGAACGCUCUGGAGGUCGACCAAAUCUUCGAUCACAUAAGUUACUUGAAGGGCAGUUCCGUCAUCCGCAUGCUGGCCUCACACCUCGGUGUGAAGACUUUCCUCAAGGGUGUUUCAGAUUACCUGAAGGCCAACACCUACUCGAACGCAACUACCAAUGAUCUGUGGUCGGCACUGAGCAAAGCCUCUGGCCAGGAUGUGAACGAGUUCAUGGACCCAUGGAUCCGCAAGAUUGGGUUUCCAGUGGUGACAGUAGCCGAAGAGCCAGGCCAGAUCAGCGUAGAGCAAUCCCGAUUCCUCUCGGCUGGCGAUGUGAAGCCAGAAGAAGACGGUACGACCUGGUGGAUUCCACUUGGGCUCAAGACUGGACCACAGGCUACAGAGGCGCAACGUGAAGCACUGACUACCAGGAAGGACACAUACCGCGACAUUGACACGAGUUUCUACAAGGUCAACAGCGAUCAGACUGGCUUCUAUCGCACGAACCUACCUCCGCCACGCCUGGUCGAACUGUCGAAGCACCUCGAUAAGCUUUCGGUGCAGGAUAAGAUCGGACUCGUGGGAGAUGCCGCCGCGUUGGCUGUUGCUGGCCAGGGUACCACAUCAGCUGUGCUUUCUUUCUUGGAGGGUUUCUCCACGGAGACGAACUAUCUUGUGUGGAGUGAAGUUCUGACCAGUCUCGGCAAGAUAAGACGCAUCUUCUCGUCUGACGCAGAAGUGUCGCAGGCGUUGCGAGAAUACACACUCCGGCUCGUUACUCCUGCGGCUGAUAAGAUUGGAUGGACCUUUUCUCCGAGCGACGACUACCUCACAGGUCAACUGCGUGCUCUUCUCCUCAGUACAGCUGGCCUCGUCGGGCACGAGCAGGUUGUAGCAGAGGCGCAAAGACAGUUCCAAGCAUUCCUUGAUGGAGACGCGAAGGCCAUCCACCCAUCCCUCCGAGCUGCUGUGUACAAGAUCUCCAUCAAGAACGGCGGCGAGGCGGCAUACAAGGCAGUUCAGAAGGAAUUCCUGACGACCAAGUCGAUUGAUGGGCGGGAGAUCACGCUGCAAGCCAUGGGCCAAGUCCAGUCACAAGAACUCGCAAACGACUAUUUAAAGUUUGCCUUUGGCGGGAACGUGCCGAUCCAGGACCUGCAUUCGGUCGGCGCAUCGCUCGGAAACAAUUCGAAGGUCCGCGAGACUGUCUGGCAGUACAUCAAAGCAGAGUGGCCUGCAAUUCGCGAGAAGCUCGGUGGGAACAUGGUCGUGCUCGAGCGUUUCCUGCGCACGAGUCUGCAGAAGUUCGCGGAUGCCGGGGUCGAGAGAGACAUCACCACUUUCUUCAGCGACAAGGACACCACUGGCUACGAUCGUGGACUGGCUGUUGUUGCGGACACAAUCAUCGGGAACGCGAGAUACAGAGAGCGAGAUGUCGAGAAUACCCGCGAGUGGCUGAAGGCACAUGGCUACGCAAAGUAGACAGUCGGCUGCUCCAGGGCUGUUCAUACGUGGCAGGGCAGAAGUGUACAACUACCUUAGGUACAUGUACAUAGCAACAGGUAACUGUACGGCUCAACGUCGUCGUCGAUGUGCAUGAG